AUGACAUCUCAGCUCAAAAUCUUCAUUACUGGGGCGACUGGCUACGUCGGGGGUGGUGUCCUGGCUCGCCUCCUAAAGCACAAGGAUAGUGAAACAUUCUCGAUAACUGCUCUCGCAAGAUCUCCCGAGAAAGCGGAAAAGUUGAAGACCCUCGGAGUCAAUGUCAUCCUUGGCUCGUACUCUGACGCGGACUUGAGCUUCCUCACAAACGAGGCAGCUCGUUCUGACGUCGUAUUUGCAAUUGCCGACUCCGACCAGCUUCCAGCCACUCAAGCAAUUUUGAAAGGACUAAAAAUCAAGUUCGAGAACUCCGGAAAAGCUCCUAUUUUGAUACAUACGUCCGGCGCAGCUCUGCUUUCUGAUGACGCUCGAGGAAUGACCUCAGAUCGUACAAUCUACAAUGAUCUGGACGCUGAAAAAAUAAACGCCUUCCCAGAAACUGUUUUCCAUAGGAACGUUGACAUUCCUAUUGUCGAAGCAGACAAAGAGGGUUAUAUCAAGUCUUAUAUUAUUAUCCCAGGUGCAAUCUACGGUCGGCCAUCUCCAAAUCCAGUCGUGGACCUUGGAAUCCAGAAUACUGUAUCCCUUGUACAGAACUUUAUGAUCAAGCCCGCCAUUGCACGCAAACAAGGCGGGUAUUUCGGAAAGGGUCUCAACUACUGGUCCUAUGUAUCUGUUGACGAUACCGCCGAUUUAUUUCUAGUUCUGUUUGAUUCUAUUCGCCGUUCACCUGAAAAUCCCGGCCAUGGAACUGAGGGUUACUAUUUUGCAACCUGCUUCAGUUUGUCGGGGAUAGAAUUGGCGGGAAUUAUAUCAGAAGUUUUAUUUGAAAGUGGUUAUGGCAUAAGUAAAGAGCCAUCCCCCUUUACACAAGAGGAAAUUCUACAGAUUUAUGGAUCAGGGCCACUUUGGACAUUCCUUGCUGCAAAUCUCGAUGCCGAAUCUAAUCGCUCUCGUGCACUUGGAUGGAAUCCGAAAGGCACGAAAGCUCACUUUUUCGCUGAUAUUAGAGAGCAGAUCAAGGCUCUUCAAGCAGACUUAGUGCAGUAA